ACUAUCGAUCUGACGCCACCACCUCGGUCUACCUACUACUCCUACUACCUCGAAGCAAGCAUACCAUCACUCUUGAAGCAACGCUAGCAGCCUAAGAAACCACGAACAUGCCGAGACAAGCAGCCGAACCAGCGAAGCGUGGCCGCCCUGGCAAAGCCCAACGGCCAGCUACGGGCACGAAGCGAAAAGCCGCGCAGCAGCCGGCACGUAAGAAGUCGGGACCUUUCGAGCUCUCCGACAGCGAUGCGCCGCCGUCGCGGGGCCAGCGAGAAGUGGACGAUGAUGCAGAGGAAGAGGUACAAGAGGAGCAAGAAGACGAGGGCGAGGACGAAGGCCCGGACAAUACGAUCCCGCCCGAGCUGCUCACGCGGCUGCUUCACGAGUUCUUUGAAAAGGACGACACGAGGCUCAGCAAGGACGCCAACUUGGCGGCAGGGAAGUAUAUGGAUAUCUUUGUGAGGGAGGCGAUUGCGCGCUGUGUACAUGAGAGGUCUGUUGGCUUUCUUGAGGUUGAGGAUUUGGAGAAGAUUGCCCCUCAGCUGCUCAUGGACUUCUAGCAUGGGAGUUGAGGUGUAAGAAAACGACGAAAUGAUGAACGAUACCCCUUUCUCGUACAAUACACUCAAGUCUCCGAGGGACAAGAAGUGCUGUUCGGUUCGGACUUGUCCACGUCCCUUGGGCCACUGUUUGGCGGGUGAUACACGGCAACGAAGCUGUCAGCUCGACACUACUUCCA